AUGCUGGAGGAGCUGGAUGAUUGGGAGGGUGGUGAGAGGCUUCAGGAUAACAAUGACUCUGUGAAUACAGGUGUUGGUAAAACUGACCCGGACACACAGCCUUGCCAUGUUGAGGAGUGUGUUCAAGACUUGACACAAACAGACAACAGUGUUAAGCCAACCCCUGGGAAAGCUCUGUAUACAUGGAAGACAAAACCUGAAACUUCAGCUGAUGCUGCUGCUUCUGGUUCUACUCCUGCAACAACACGAGCUGCCUCAGCAACAGCCUCAGUCUGUGAUACUUGUCACUUGCCAAAGUUUUGGUCCUAUCCCUUGCUCAAGUUUGUAUCUCUGCAGGUUGUCAGAGUGGAGAAUCCAUCUGAUUUUGUGGCGAUCCCAAUGGAGCAGAGGGGCGCAUUGGAGAAGUUAGAGCUAGCCAUAGCACAGUAUUUUUCUAUGAACAAAGAGGCAGCGGCCACUAUCUCUGAUAAUCUAUUGUACGCUGUGAGGUUCAAAGGUGUCUACAGACGAGCUCUUUAUGUGAGCCUUGUAGAAAAUGUGGUGAAAGUAUUUUUCCCUGACCACCAUUGCUAUGACAUGGUGCCGCCCUCUCAGCUUCUGCAACUUCCACAGCAGUUUUAUUCAUUGCCGUUCUUGGCUCGAAGGAUGCGUCUGGGAGGUAUUCAGCCCCAAGGACAAGACUGGCCUGCUGAUGUGGUCCACUGGUUCAAGACAACUGUGGGCAACAAGACUUUUGGCCGGUGCAUUCCCGCAACUUUGGUUGUGCGUUUGAUUGACACCAGUGGCUCGGAGGACCUAGUAGUUGAUGAGUACAUGGAGAGCCACGGGAUGGCAGUCAGUGAGCCCAGCAGUGAUUUGAAGUGA